GGCAUGCCGGGGUACCCGAGAGAUGGUGUAUAAAGCCUUUCACCUUCAGCUUGAGUUUGGCACAAACCCAUCAUGGCUGCGGCGUUCAAGAUAUCCGUUGCAGAAGAAGCUAUCUCCCUCCUCAAACAGAAACUCGAACUAACUCGUCUACCUGACGAACUCGACGAAUCAGGGUGGGAUUAUGGUGUACCGUUAUCAGAUAUCCGACGAUUGGUCGCUAGAUGGAAAGAUGGGUACGAUUGGAGGAAAUAUGAGAAGGAAUUGAACGAUGAGCUGCCGCAAUUCACAAGGGAUAUCGAAGUGGAUGGAUUUGGAGCCUUGAAUGUGCAUUACAUCCACAAGGAGAGUCAGGCGAAGGGUGCUAUUCCAUUGUUGUUCAUUCAUGGGUGGCCAGGAAGCUUCAUCGAAAUCAGGAAGGUUCUACCUCUCCUCACGGCCAUAGAGGAUGGACAACCAAGUUUUCAUGUUGUUGCAUUGGGUUUGCCUGGGUACGGAUUCUCUGAAGGCGUGAAGAAGAAAGGGUUCGAUUUGGCGAAAUAUGCCGAGGUUGGACAUAAACUCAUGCUAGCUUUGGGUUACGACGAGUAUGUCGUUCAGGGGGGGGAUUGGGGCGCUAUCAUCGACCACUAUGUGGCAGCAAUGUACGGAGGCUCGCACGUCAAAGCAUACCACGCCAACAUGCCUUUCGCUCUCGGACCUCCCCCUGACGCCGACCCAUCCAAGUAUUCGCCCGUAGAACUUGCUAGGUUGGAAAGGCAACAGUGGUACUACAAAACACAAACAGGCUAUUUCACCGAACAAACCACGCAACCCCAGACUCUCGGAUACAGUUUGAACGAUUCGCCCGUGGGACUGUUAGCCUGGAUUUACGAAAAGUUGGUUACGUGGACAGAUGCAUACAAAUGGGAGGAUGAUGAGGUCCUAACGUGGAUCUCUAUCUAUUGGUUCUCCCGCGCCGGACCUGCAGCUUCCCUUCGCAUCUACUAUGAAGCCGUUCAAUCUGGAGCAUUCUCAGGCGCGCUACCAGAAAUGAAGGUUCCUUAUGGUGUGUCCUAUUUCCCGAAGGAGGUCGCUGCGGGUCCCCUUAGUUGGCUCACGAACCUGAACGUCGUUUUUCACGAGUACCACGACAAGGGCGGUCAUUUUGCUGCAUAUGAAGUUCCAGAACUGCUCGUCGGUGAUUUGAGAAAGAUGUUUGGGAAAAGCGGGCCGGCUUAUGGGGUUGUGAAAGGAAAGGACGGGUAUGCGUAGAAUGCAGCCGAGUAGUGACAUUCCAGGGGCAAUUCUGAAUGCUUCAACCAGUCAACA